AUGAAUGCCAUUUUCAGGCCUGCCUUGCGACAGUGGGUGAUAGUAUUCUUCGACGACAUCCUCAUUUACAGCCCGACAUUCAUGGCCCACACUCGGCACAUUCACGAGGUGUUAUCAAUCCUCAAGGCCCACCGUUUUUUCGUGAAACUGUCGAAAUGCACUUUUGCGUGUUCAACGGUAGAAUAUUUGGGUCACUUCAUUUCCGAGGGCCGCUUGAAGGCAGACCCGGCAAAGAUUGAGGCCAUGGUGGCUUGGCCGGUGCCCGCGUCCGUAAAACAGCUCCGCGGCUUCUUGGGUCUCACAGGGUAUUACCGACGAUUUGUUGAGCAUUAUACGUCCAUCGCAGGGCCACUGACCGAAUUGUUGAAAAAGGAUAGCUUCGCGUGGUCGGCCGCCGCGUCAGAGAGUUUCGACGCCUUGAAACGAGCGAUGACGUCCGCUCCGGUUCUCCGCCUUCCGGACUUUAGCCGGAUCUUUUAUCUAGAGACCGACGCGUCGGAUUUUGGCAUUGGCUAG